AUGAAUAUAAAAGUUAUAAAAGAUCGUUUACCGGAUGUUUUUCCCACCAAGAAGAUGUUAGAAGUAACUUGCAAUGAUCGUCUCGGGAAGAAAGUUAGGGUUAAAUGUAACCCAGAUGAUACAGUUGGGGACUUGAAGAAACUUAUUGCAGCGCAAACUGGUACAAGAUAUGAUAAGAUUGUAUUAAAGAAAUGGUACACAGUCUUUAAGGAUCACAUUAAACUAUCGGAUUAUGAAAUACAUGAUGGCAUGAAUUUGGAGUUAUAUUACCAA